CCCACACACACACACACCUAACACUGCUACACUACUGAACACUGCUCAGUCUGAGGUAGUGAAUCUGAUGGGAUGUGUGGUGUCGCUGAUCUUCAGUAAUCAGGACUUCAUUCAGCAGGUUGAAGAAGUGAGUAAGAAACAGAUGAAGUGGAGAGAACCUGCAGCACUGAAGAUCCUGAAGGUGGUGGAGUGUGUACAUGCUGUGACUCAGGUCCUGUACAGCCUGCAGGCUGCAGUGACGAUACAGGACAGCGUUUACGAGCUGCAGAAACUCCGCCUCCUGCAGGAGGAACCUGGUACUGACACUGACUGCAGGGUUGAGGGUGACGUACUGAGCAUGUGCAGUACAGACCUGGAGCGGAGAGAGAGGGAGGAGCUGGAGGCGGAGCUACAGCUGUGGGCGCAGCGAUCAGAGGUCCUGAAGGAGGAGGAGGCGGAGAUAGAGCGAGAGAGGAGGCGGGUCCAGCAGCAGGAAAGACAAAUCAGGAAAGAGAAGGAGAGAAUGAGAAGGAAGCUCCGCCUCUCCCAGCAAAAUUCCACCAAUCGCCAGCGCAGCCUGUCUUUCAUUGUGCCAACCGACAAAUGAGAGUGUUAACCACGCCCAUCAUUCCAACCCCGCCCCUUAUCCAUACUGUUACAUUUAAGCUAACCCCGCCCCUUAUCCAUACUGUUACCUUUAAUCUAACCCCGCCCCUUAUCCAUACUGUUACAUUUAA